CGAAUCAUUGUUUUGGGGUUUAAUCAUGAACGGUCAGCUUUAUUUGAUUCACGCUAAGUAGUCAGUGUGAAGAGAAAGGGCGAAGUUUUUUCUUUGAGUUAGCUGGUAGCUUAAGGUCGCGGAUCCGACUUGCGGCGUUCGAGGUCUUUCUGUGGCUCCGGUCGAUGAGAGUGAGCCAGCUGCUUAAAGCGAGCAUGAAGAGCCUUCCCUACUUCUGCCGGGGAGAAGUCAUUCGAGGUUUCGGGAGAGGAAGUAAAGAGCUGGAGAUUCCCACAGCCAAUUUUCCGGACUUAGUAGUGGACAGUCUUCCAGCAGAUAUCAGAACAGGAAUCUACUAUGGCUGGGCCUGUGUGGGGAGUGGUGACCUCCACAAAAUGGUGAUGAGUAUUGGUUGGAACCCUUACUAUAAAAAUACCAAGAAGUCCAUGGAGACCCAUGUCAUUCACAACUAUAAGGAGGACUUUUAUGGGGAGGUUCUUAGUGUUGUCAUGGUGGGUUACAUCCGUGAAGAAAAGAGCUUCAGCUCCCUUGAAGCCCUCAAAGCAGCCAUCAACAGUGACAUUGAGGAGGCCAAAGUGAAGUUGGAGCUUCCAGAGCAUCUCAAACUCAGAGAAGAUAACUUCUUCACCAGUGUCCACAGUUCAUCCUCAACCCAGUCCGCCACAAACACGUCCACACCUCACAGCAUCAUAAAUGGUCACUAACAGCUGACUGUGCCUGCAGAACUUUCUGCAUACAUUCAGUGUACACAGGUACGUGCACGUGCUGUCUGUAAUCUAGACUGCAUUGUCCUGAACUGUCUUAGUCGCAAUCAUAAUUGUGAUUUUAUUUUUUUUAAUUUCAUUUCAUUCAGUCUUCAGUGUUUACAGUGUUUUGCAUCUCUGUGGGAUUGUUGCAAACAUCUAGUUGUUCUUGGAUGUUAAUUUAUCCAUUUUCCCAUUAUGACAUCAUCAGACACCAAACCUGUGUGAGACAUACUGGUCCUACUGUAUAUUUGGGUAAAUCGUUCUGUAAGGGCUUGUCCAAGACUGUAAAAGUACAAUGCAGCAUGAGCAAAAAAUACACUACAUGCAUCUUAGUUGUAAUAAUUUAUAUAUAAAGAACAGUAAUAGUUGCAUGUAACUGUGUGAAUACUACCUACCCACUGAUAAAUAGUUACUUUGUCAUUCCUUUCUGUUGAGCUAUAUUUUAAGAAGGUUUGGGCAUUAUCUGUAACAUAAACACAGAUCACACAGAGAUCAUUUUAUGCAAAUGUGGUUGAAUGCAUCAUAAAUAACGUGACAUAAAUGUAAUUGUCAUUUUCAUUUUUGUUUCCCUUGUUUGUGAAAAAAGGUAACAUGGAAAGUAAGUUAAUGUGACCUUACUCUUCAGUUAAAUGCAAGCCUUGUUCUGUUUCACUGCCCUUACAAAUGAAUAAUCCUUUUAUUUCAGAUCACAUUCAAUUUUCCUGGCCAAAUGUUCUGCAUUUUCCUCAUGAUUUUGUUUCUGUAUUUUCUCCACUAUCAAACAAGUCUGGCGGUCAUACAACCUUCAUUCUUUUCUGUUAGAUGGCAAAAGUAGCCAGUUGCAAGAUUUAAAGGUUAGAAUAAGCUCAACAUACUUGGCUGUACUUGUUGAAGUGUCCUUAAAUUAUUAGCCUGUUGGUUGGGUCCUGUGUUUGUGUUCAGCCUGAGACUGAGUUUGUUACACAUAGUGAAACUUUAAUGAGCAAGA